CAAAAAAUCGUGACAUUUCAGGAAAAAAAACAUUCAUUAAUUACAUUUGCUCCCUGAAAGAAGAGACCAUUUAUAAAAAUCCCAAAUGUCCAAGUCGAAGAAUCUAUCCGACAAAAAGCGUCUUUCAAAGGUUGAAAGUACAAGAAAAACGUUCAAAAUAUUUGCAGUUAGCUUUCAUGGUAGCAAUUUGGAAGUCAUGGAGAAAGAACUAUUGAAACAAAUGGAAGUUCGUUCAAGUAAAAAAAUCUACAUUGUCAUGGUAAAUGGUACGGAUACGGAUACUGAUGAUGGAGACCAAACGAUUUCAGAAGCCACAAAGUUAGAGAAGCAAACUCAUCAGAUUGAAGAAGUUAUAGAAAGAUGUAAAAAAGAUUUUGACUCUCAAUGGGAAAGUCUUACAAGUACACUUAGUGAGGAUUUGAGAAGAUACUGGAAUGAGGAGGACGUGGGCGGAUACUCUGAAAAUGCGAAAGGUGACAAAUCAUUUGAUAUUCAUGAGACUGAAGACAUAUUACCAAAAAAAAUUCAUAAAACUGAUUUGAAAGUGUUGAGCUCUGAGGUAAACUUUCUCAAACUGCACAACGAUAUCGAUUUCUUAAGAAAAUCUCCAAAUACCAAGAAUGUUGGUAUUUUCAUUGAAUCUUUAAAUCCCAUUCCAACUGAAACCUCAUCUGAAUACCUUUUACUUGAAAAAGAAGUAAAAGAAGAACAACAAAAAUACUCCCAGCAAAUUUACGAUCAAUUUACAUGCUAUUUGUAUGACAUUGAGAUGUUAACGCAACAAUUUAUCGUUUACCAAAAUGACUUUGUCGAAAUUAAUGAUACUCAAUUGCCAAGUCAGGAGAAAGAACUAUGGUCAAAGUUUGUGGAUACGAAAAAGGAUUCUCAGACUAUUCAGGAUAAUGAUGCAGCUGUGGGCGUAUUUUUAGAUAAUUUAUUUGAUACAAUUGAAAACCACACCAAUUUGGAACGAAAAAAUUCAUCUGUUUGCCAUUUAAGUCCAUUUCUAGAAAAUAAUUACGGCAAAAUUAUUGUAGAAGAAGCUAAUCAAUUACUUCGGUCAGCUGUAACUAAUCAAUUGAAUCUAAUAACUUAUUGGAAAAUGGUCAAUAUGUUAGUUAAUACGAAAAUUACUUCUGAUAGUGGAAAUAAAAUGGAAACAGCAGCUAUUGAACUUCCUGAAUUCUAUGAACUUCUUUCAUGGGAAUCAUUUGUUCAGAGGCUUGAAACUUGCAAGAAACUUUUUGAUGAAUGUUUUCAAACUGAUUUAGCAAAAGGAUACAAGUUGAUUGUUCUUCGAAGAAAUUUUAAUAAAAUUACGGAAGUGAAAGAAAAAUUUCAACUUCCAACGAGAUUGUGUUUCCGUGAUUUCUGUGGCUGUAUUGCUCCUGAUUUAGCAAACUUUCUUAGAAACUUCAUGAAAAAUUCUUCUAAUAAAGACUUGAAAAGUCAGCCAAAAUAUACUGGUCUAGUUUUCGACGAUACUUUAAAAGAACUAACAGUUUAUAAAAAAGUAUUUCGAUUUGAGAACGGAUCAAUAUCUUCUUCGUUUCAGAAUUGGUUUGAUGAAGACGACCAAAUGAUUUCAGUUAAAAUAAAAUUAUUAGAUACUUUUGUUUACCUUCAUCGCUUAAAUUCUAUUAGUUCAAAUUCCUCAGAGAUCAGAAUCAUAACUAAAAACAAUCUUUGUCCAAAUAUUGAAAUAUUCAAGGACUUAUCUCAUCCCAAUUUAUCUUUACAAUGGCCUAAUGGUUGUCAAAUUCGGUACAACAAUCAGUAUACAUUUGUCGAACAAAGUAAUCAAUAUUCAAAAGAUAAUCUUGAAUUUAAGCGUUUAUAUACUUUGGAAGCUUUUGUCAUUCGAUACCUUAAAGAUGAUAGAAUACAAGUUCUUACUCCGAAUGGAAUUAUUUAUAUGCUUGGUAAAACCUCUAAUACAGACUUUGAUUUUGAAAACUUCUCUACUGAAGACGAUCAAAAAGAAUCAAAUGAAAUUGAUUUUGUUCGAAAUCUUCAAAAUUAUGAGAUAUUUUGUAAGAGUUUUGAAGUUACAUUAUGUGAUGGAAGAAAAUUGAAAAUUUCUAUGAAUGGAAAUAUUCAAGAAGAAGUGACACAUUUAUUGGUUUAUGAAUGGAUGGACUAUUGCGAGGGCAAGAAAUAUCUUGCACGUGAUGAUGGGGUUAAAAUGGUUUGGAACAGUGACUGCUUGAGAUGUUAUUAUCCUUGCGGAACUAUUAUAACUACCACGGUCAUGGAAGAUUGCAUAAGGACAAAUUUCGAAUGUGAAACAAAUAUAAUGGAAAAUAUUUUCGAAAACACCAAUCCAACUUUUGUUGCAAAAGGCGCUAACAAAGCAAAAACACAGAAUUCCUACGUCACAUAUAAUCUGAACUAUUUAAUGCAGCAUAAAAACUACGCGACUGUUGAAGUCUGUGGCAAAGAUAAAAUGGAAAUAUAUUCCCCGAAUGGAUUCAAGCUCAUUCUCAAGGAAAAUGACGACGACGACGACAACCAUGAUCCUGUCGUCGUUGUCCUGAUUGACAUUGGAAAAGAACUUUCCUUUCGUAUUGCUGGAGGCGUGUGUACCGUUCUUUCAGGCGUCUCCAAUCUAGAGAAGAACAAGUGAGUCUCUUUCUUCCCUUCCUGAUACCACCAACCCACAAUGACAUGGAUUUUCAUCAUGCAUAUAAAAUCUGCACAUUAAAAAAUGU